AUGAACGACACUGUGGCCCUUCUGCAGAAAUUCAAUGCGCAUCCAGAUUCCCGCUGUUGGUAUGUGGCAUGGAACCCCAAAGGCACAUUGCUGGCAUCAUGCGGUGGUGACCGAGCCAUUCGGAUAUGGGGAAGGGAAGGUGACUCUUGGGAAUGCAAGACCUUGCUCCAGGAUGGACACCAGAGAACUGUCAGAAAGGUGGCAUGGUCCCCAUGUGGGAACUACCUGGCCUCAGCCAGCUUUGAUGCCACAACCUGCAUCUGGAAAAAGAAGAAUGAUGAUUUUGAGUGCUUGACUGUGUUGGAAGGACAUGAGAAUGAGGUCAAAUGUGUGGCCUGGGCCCCAUCCGGUAACUUGCUGGCCACAUGUAGUAGAGACAAGAGUGUCUGGAUCUGGGAAGUGGAUGAGGAGAAUGAGUAUGAGUGUGUGAGUGUGGUAAACUCUCAUACACAGGAUGUCAAGCAUGUUGUCUGGCACCCAACACAGGAGCUCCUCGCCUCAUGUAGCUACGACAACAAUGUGUGUGUCUAUAAAGAAGAGGAUGAUGACUGGGAGUGCAGGGCGACCCUGGAAGGACACACCUCCACUGUCUGGGGUUUGACCUUUGACCCAAGUGGCCAGCGACUGGCCUCCUGCAGUGCUGACUGUACUGUGAAGAUCUGGAAAGAAUGUCAGCCAGAAGGUGGGCAGGAAGGCACUGACGCGGCUUGGAAAUGUGUUUGUACCCUUUCAGGGUUUCAUGGACGGACAGUGUAUGAUAUUGCAUGGUGUCCACUGACGGGUGCCCUGGCGACUGCAUGUGGUGAUGACGGAGUACGUGUGUUUAAGGAGGAUGAGACGGCUGACCCAGACCAGCCUGCUUUCUCCCUGUCUGCCCAUGUACCCAAGGCCCACACCCAGGAUGUCAACUGUAUCGCCUGGCACCCCAAGGAGGCUGGGCUCCUUGUCUCCUGCAGUGACAAUGGGGAGAUAGCAGUCUGGAACUACCAGUCUGGGGUCUGAGAACAUGUACAGUAUGUUGGGCUAGUUAGGACUUCCAGAUCCAGUGUUUAACAAUGCUGAAUUUACCUUGUGCCAACAGCACUGAAAUUGUCAUGUAUGAUGUUUAUUAUUAAUCCCUCUUGCAAUAACCUGUUUUAAUGAGGUUAGAGUAGUUUUGAUUUCAUUAUACUGAUAUCUGCCUGUGCACUUGUGGUUCAAAACUGCAUGUGGGCCCUAAAAUGUCAAUUAUGUAUUUGAUUAACAAUACAAUAUACACAUUCUAAUGGUGUUUUGUAAUAUCAAGAAAAGAACAUUGUCAUAACUAUUUAAUCAAGGGAUUCAGCACACUUAUGUCCAGAUGCUAGAUAAAUGUUUCCAGAAACCACUUCUAGUAAGCAUUGAUGGAAAAUGUCUUCGCUUUCACCUUUUAUAUUAAUUGUUCAUAAAGAUGGUCUUCAGAUUUAUAUUAAUUUACAGUCAAAGUAGUUUGGUUAAUUUUUAUUGGAAAAGCAAUGACAGCAAAGGUAUUUCACCAGCAAACAAAACAAGCUUUUCACUCUUAAUAGCCAACAGGGUUGGAAGUAACUGAAUUUAUUUGUACUAAUCUGUUGUUGCCAGGGGGAAAAAAAAUACAUUUUGAUUGUUCAAUGACAUUCAAAUUAGUCUUGAAAGGCGCCAGCUUGUUCCACCUGAGCGAGUCAGAGGCCACUAUGAUUACACACGAUGGAUGGAUCCUUUCUUCUGAUUUAAGGGGAAAGUAAUCAGAGUUUGACAGAUUAUUUAGAAAGUACCCAACCAUGAUUGCAGAGUUGUGAGACAAUCUUUGAUAUACUAUGAAUUGUUUACUAAAAAUGUAAGCAGACUUCUCUAAUUGGGUACUAUAUACACAUCACUAUCCUCGACUGGAGCACAUUUAAACAAAAAGGUCUGAAAAUGACCAAGCACAACAGCCCAUAAACGUGACUCAUCUACACUGAACAAAGAUAACCGCAACAUGUAAAGUGUUGGUCCCAUGUUUCAUGAGCUGAAAUAAAAGAUCCCAGUAAUGUUCCAUAUGCACAAAAAGCUUCACACAUUUUGUGCUUUGUUUACAUCCCUGUUAGUGAACGUUUAUCUUUUACCAAGAUAAUCCAUCUACCUGACAGGCGUGGCAUAUUAAAGAGCAUGAUCAUAAUA